GUGGCAAAGCAACCAAUGAGUGGGCGGAAGAUACCGCCCCUUUUUGUGGGCGUGGCGGCGGGAACGCGCGCGUCACCGGAUGCGAGCGGCGUUCUUCGUCCAUGGAGCAAGCUGAGGCAGCGAGAACCUGCCAAGGCCAUCAAAGCUAUCGAUGGGAAGUCAGUCCAUCAGAUUUGUUCUGGGCAAGUGGUACUUAGUCUCAGCACUGCUGUGAAGGAGUUGGUAGAAAAUAGUGUGGAUGCUGGUGCCACUAAUAUUGAUCUAAGGCUUAAAGACUAUGGGGUGGAACUCAUUGAAGUUUCAGACAAUGGAUGUGGGGUAGAAGAAGAAAACUUUGAAGGCUUAGCUUUGAAACAUCACACUUCUAAGAUUCAAGAGUUUGCUGACCUCACUCAGGUUGAAACUUUUGGCUUUCGGGGAGAAGCUCUGAGCUCACUCUGUGCACUGAGUGAUGUAACCAUUUCUACAUGCCACACAUCUGCAAAGGUUGGAACUCGCCUUGUAUUUGAUCACAAUGGGAAAAUUGUUCAGAAAAUCCCCUGUCCACGACCCAAAGGGACAACAGUCAGUGUACAGCAGUUAUUUUAUACAUUACCUGUGCGACACAAGGAAUUUCAAAGAAAUAUUAAAAAGGAGUAUGCCAAAAUGGUGCAGGUCUUACAUGCGUACUGUAUCAUUUCAGCAGGCGUCCGUGUAAGUUGUACCAAUCAGCUCGGCCAAGGAAAGCGGCAGCCUGUGGUGUGCACAAGUGGCAGCACCAGCCUGAAGGAGAACAUUGGCUCUGUGUUUGGGCAGAAGCAGGUGCAAAGCCUUAUUCCUUUCAUUCAGCUGCCCCCUAGUGACUCUGUCUGUGAAGAGUACAGCCUGAGCUGUUCCGAUGCGCUGCAUAAUCUGUUUCAUAUCUCAGGCUUCAUCUCACCUGGCACGCACGGUGUUGGGAGAAGCGCAACAGACAGACAGUUUUUCUUCAUCAAUCGGCGUCCUUGUGACCCAGCAAAGGUCUCCAGACUUGUGAAUGAGGUCUACCAUAUGUAUAAUCGACAUCAAUAUCCUUUUGUUGUUCUUAACAUUUCUGUUGAUUCAGAAUGUGUUGAUAUCAAUGUUACUCCAGAUAAAAGGCAAAUUUUACUACAAGAAGAGAAGCUUUUGUUGGCUAUUUUAAAGACCUCUUUGAUAGGAAUGUUUGAUCGUGAUGUAAACAAACUUAGUGUCAAUCAGCAGCCACUGCUGGAUAUUGAAGGUAACUUAAUAAAGAUGCAGGUGGCAGAAAUGGAAAAGCCUCUGCUGGAAAAGCAGGCCAGUUCCUCUUCACCAAGGACUCGAGGGGAGGAAAAAAGGGUCGUGUCCGUUUUCAGGCUCCGAGAGGCCUUUUCUCUUCGUCAAAACGCAGAGAUCAAGUCUCAGGGCCUGGACCCUGCAGAUCCAAGAUGGAAUUCUCCGAGACAGGAAGGAGGCACACCAUCCCUUGGCGCCUCAGAUCCCAUCUCUGGCUGGGGCUUUCAGGACCCUCAGGAAGAGGUGACAAGUCCCAAGAAGGGCCCUGGUGACUCUGUGGACAGAACAGAAACAGAUAAGGACUCGGGGCAUAGCAGUACCCCAGCUGGCUCUGAGGAAGGGUUCAGCACCCCAGAAGCCAGAAGUCACUGUAGCAGUGACCACGCAGUGAGCUCCCCGGAAGACAGAUUUCCACAGGACAGUGUGGACUCUCGGGAGCAACUGCUCGAAACCGACCGGCACUCUUCUGACAUGAAAUGUCAUUUGGACCAAGAAGAUGUUGGAUAUGAAUUUAGAGCUUUGCCUCUGCAGACUGCUCUCCCAUCCUCAAACAUCAAGCGUUUUAAAAAGGAAGAAAUUCCUUCAGCUGCUGACAUUCCUCACAAGUUGGUUAAUACUCAGAACAUGUCAGAGACUCAGGUUGAUGUAGCUAUUAAAAUUAGUAAGAAAAUAGUGCCCCUUACCUUUUCUAUGAGUUCUUUAGCUAAACGAAUAAAUCACUUGCAUCACCAAAAACAACAGAACGAAGGUGAACAGAAUUACAGGAAAUUUAGGGCAAAGAUUUGCCCUGGAGAAAACCAAGCAGCAGAAGAUGAGCUAAGGAAAGAGAUCAGUAAAACGAUGUUUGCAGAAAUGGAGAUCCUUGGUCAGUUUAAUUUGGGGUUCAUAGUAACCAAGCUGAAGGAGGACAUCUUUCUAGUGGACCAGCACGCCGCGGACGAGAAGUACAACUUCGAGAUGCUACAGCAGCACACUGUGCUCCAGGCACAGCGGCUCAUCUCACCUCAGACUCUCAGUUUAACUGCUGUCAAUGAAGCUGUCCUGAUAGAAAAUUUGGAAAUAUUCAGAAAGAAUGGCUUUGAUUUUGUCAUCGAUGAAAGUGCUCCGGUCACCAAAAGGGCUAAAUUGAUUUCCUUGCCAACGAGUAAAAACUGGACUUUUGGACCCCAAGACAUAGAGGAACUGAUCUUCAUGCUAAGUGACAGCCCUGGAGUCAUGUGCCGGCCCUCCCGAGUCAGGCAGAUGUUCGCCUCCAGAGCCUGCCGGAAGUCUGUUAUGAUUGGAACCGCUCUUAACACAAGCGAGAUGAAGAAGCUUAUUGUCCACAUGGGCGAGAUGGACCACCCCUGGAACUGUCCCCAUGGAAGGCCAACCAUGAGGCACAUUGCCAAUCUGGAAGUCAUUUCUCAGAACUGACACUUCUCACUUCCUAGACUUGGAAAUUCUAUUGCAGACUUUUCUGUUUUGAAAGACAGGGUCUGAAGUAACCUUUGGGUUUUUUUGUUGUUGUUGUUUCAAAAUUAACUUGCUACUUUAAAAAAAAAUGUACCAGAUCAAUUUAAAAAUGAUCUUAAACUGGAUGCAGUGGCUUGUGCCUGUUAGGAGGCUGAGGCAGGAGGAUCACUUGAGCCAAGAGCUCCAGACUAGUUGGUGCAACAUAGUAAGACCCCACCUCAAAAAAGAAAAGGUCUUGAGAAUUUUUUCAAACCAUGUGAAGCAUUGCUUGGAAUAGUUCUUAUUCUGUGUUUGAGUGUGUGUGUUUGUGUGUGUGUACAUGUGUACAGGUAACGUGUUUUUAAAAAAUCAGAGCACUUUGGAAGUUAACCAGGCCUCUCGCUGGAAAUUAUUCUGCAACUUUUAGUUCUCAAUGAUAAAUUUAUAUUGGCUUAAUUUCCUAAAUUUAAAAUUAUGGUCCUUUUGGGUUAGUGCUUAUCAACCCUGAUGCAUAUUAAAUUUUAGAAAGGAAUAAUUUUUAAAAAUCUAAGGGGGUUCUUGGCUCAGCUGGAAAGAAGUGACUGGAUCGGCCUGCAGUCACUAUUAUUAAAUGUUUCCCAGUGCAGCCAGGGUAGAAAGUGCUAUUCAUAUGAGGAAAAAAGAUUCUGGUUUUUCUGUAACUUCAUGCUAUAAUUUAGUUUUCUUGGGGUGUGAACUGUAGGAAUCUAGUCUAAUUUGAACUGUGGCAAAAAUGGAAGUAAAAAAUGCCCUUAAUGGAGUCCAGAUAGUGGUUGGGUUCAGGGAUAAGUGCAGGUCACCCCACAGCCACCCCAUCCCCCUUGGGGGAGCAAGGACUUGCAAAGGGUAGAAUUCCUCAGCUGUCAGGAGACAGUAAAGUGACAGCUAUUUUCAUUCAUGGCAUCAAGCUCUGUGUUGGUGUGCGUGAUCUACAGGAUCUCAUUUAAUGUCCACAAGAACUCUACAAACUAGGCAUUGUGGGAGGCAUGGUAAUGGCCCCCCAAAUAUGGCUGUGUCUUAAUCCCCAGAACCUGUGAAUAUGUCACUUCAUAUGACAAAAACGAUUCCACAGAUGUGAUUAAGUUAUGGAGCUUAGGGUGGGGAGAUUGUCCUCUACUGUCUGAUGGGCCCACUCUUGUCACGUGAGUUUGUCAAAAUGCAGGACUGUCCGCAGCUGGCCCAAGCAAUGCACCAGUGCUGAUUUUGAAGACUGAGAAAGGCACCACCAGCCAUGGGAUGCUGGCAGCCUCUAAAACCGGAAGGGCAAGACCAGUCUUUCACUGGAGCCUCUAGAGGGAACCAGCCCUGUUAGAGUCACAGACCUGUAAGAUAAUAAAUGUGUGUUGCUUCAAGCCA